AUGGAUUCAACUAUGGAUGAUGACAGUGGCCAAUCAAAGACCCGUGGUGUCGAUCACUACUCUCUGGGUUACAAAAUUGGUCCAAACGACGAUUUGAUUUGUUCCUCUGGAUUUGAUAAACAUUAUUCGUCGCAACAAUACUGCGUGAAUCACCCACCUAUUCGAGAGACCGGCAUUAUUGAAAAACUUUUGCACUCCUGCGGAUUUAUUCAGUGCUGUAAGAGACAGGCUCGGCUGUUCUUUAACUUUAGCCAAUUUAGCGGUAAUACUGAAAAUAUGAAGAUAGGAGACCCUGUUGAGUUCGAGUUGCAGUAUGACCGUCACACUGGAAAGCCAAUAGUUUCAACGGUGUUAAGAGGAACCCGCGCUGGCGGAGAAAUAAAGGAAAAGGGUGACAAUACUGGAAAAAAAUCGCAUGAUAAUGUUCGUGAAUCGUUUUUACCUGCUAAAGACGACAUUGAGGGUAGUGCUUUGCUUACUGGUGACGCUAUCAGUUUGCAGAAAGCAACAAAUCAGCGAGGUACAUUCGGAGCGUGUCAUUCCUGCCUUCAAAAUCCCGCGCAACCUGGCAAAUAUCACAGACUGGUUGGUUCCAUAAAGGAAAACUUUGAUUUCAUUACCAAAGGGGACCUAGUAUUGAGAGAUGAUGUAGAAUACUUCAUAAAAACUGGAAAAGAACAUUACAAAGAGUGCACCGCUCCACAACCAGAUGAGAAAACUCCACAAGCAGUCAGCAGCUCUACGGAGGUUCCACUGCUCAGCACUGGUCAGUCUCGCGCAAAGAAGUGCGAAAUGUGUGAAAGUACAGAAAUCAGGGAGGAGUUGUUGAAGAGAAAGGUUGAAAGUCACAAGCAAAAGGUUGAAGAACUAAAUAAAAAAAAAAUAGGCUUUUGUGUACGAAGAAUGCAAGAAUAUCAUCAGUUGUUGCCGCACUCUUCAAGCCGUUGUAACUAUUUGUUUAUUUUGUCUCCAGUCAGCAGCUCUACGGAGGUUCCACUGCUCAGCACUGGUCAGUCUCGCGCAAAGAAGUGCGAAAUGUGUGAAAGUACAGAAAUCAGUCAGCAGCUCUACGGAGGUUCCACUGCUCAGCACUGGUCAGUCUCGCGCAAAGAAGUGCAAAAUGUGCGAAAGUACAGAAAUCAGGGUUUGCUGGCUACCCAACUUCAUGACGUUCCUGGCGAAAAUGCUGAGUCAACACUGAAAAUGCCAGGGAGUAAUGGUCUAAAUAUCAUGCCAGAAAAAGAGAACGGAUUGAUGGCUACCCCCAACUUCAUGACGUUCCUGGCCAAAAUGCUGUUGAACGCCGAGUCAGUGGUACCACCAGAUGCCUCGUGA